AUCUCAAUUGAGCUGCUCGCUCGAGUCAAGACAUUACACAAUUGCUUGCUAAGAUAAACCCUAAAGCCAGAACUAGCGACUACACUACUCAGUACUCACCGCGGCUCGCACCGCCGGUUCCACCGUCUCCACCGCUCAACCAAUACAGCUCAAACAACAAAAUUCAGAACAAACCAAAGACACACCGAUUUCUCCAUUACCAUCUUGAAAUUCUAACACCGACAAAUAAUCAGACAAUGGCCGGUGGUCGAUUCCGCGAGCUUCUGAAAAAGUACGGUAAAGUGGCGAUCGGCGUUCACUGUUCCGUUUCAGCAGCUUCCGUCACCGGCCUCUACGUCGCCAUUAGAAACAACGUCGACGUAGAAGCCAUCCUCGAGAAGUUCCAUUUGGGCGCCGCUUCCCCGGAAGAAAACCCUAACCCUGAUACAGACUCUUCCGCGGUGUCGGUUAAGAGCCGCACGGCGCAGAUGGCGGCUUCUGCAGGCGGUGCUUUCACGCUAGCUUUACUCUGCAACAAGGCUCUGAUCCCUGUUCGGGUUCCUAUUACUGUAGCACUCACGCCCCCAAUUGCGAGGUUCUUGGCUAGGAGGAACAUUUUGAAGAGUGGUGUAUGAAUGAACAUGCGUUUUGGUAUGUGUUGUAUUGUUUAUUGUUGAUUGUUGAUUUUUAUAAGAACUACAAUAACCACGAGUUAGGUUGUUUAACGUGUUUACUCGUUGGUUUUUGUGAUUAUUGAUGAAAUGAGACCUAAAAGUGGAAUAAUAACAAGGGGGUUUUGAAAUUAGCAAACCCUUUGGUCUAUGGUAUAUGCUUAGUUAUCAAUUUCCUUUGUUGAUUUUGAUAAUUUGGUGGUGAAAUUUUAAAUUUGAUUGAUUCUCUGAUUUUAUAGGAAUAGUUGCAAUGUUAA